UUUGUGGAGUGGUACGUAGAGGGGGGAUCUGUUUGUACCGUAGGUUUAGGGGUAGUUCAGCACCACGGGGGAGGGACAGCACCCGGUGAAUUUUGCGGAUGCUAUAAAUAAAAAUCUCCAUCGCUGUUUAUAGCACAGAGAACGGUGAUACGCCUGCACAGAGACUGCAUCCAGAGAGACCGCAUGCCGGAUUUUUCGACUUUAAAGAGGUCAUUUGCAUGCGAUUCUCGCCCGGCGUAGUAACCGCACAUUGGGACUGACGAACGAUGGCGGAGUGUGGAAAGAAGGGACUGUCGCUCCUCGAAAAAGCGCGUUCACGCUACGAGAGCUUGCAGAUUUCAGACGACGUGUUUGGGGAGUCUGGAGACGACAGCAGUGAAAAUCCCUUUUACAGUACAACGGGCGACUCAAAUUCGGACAACUACACUGAGACAAAUCUAGACGAUGCCCGAGCAGGUGAAAUCAGGAGCGGUCAAAGCUGCGGUCCUCCCGGCUCUGUGUCCAAUGGCCAAGCGCAGGAGGACGGAUGGAGCGACGCGCUACAGGACAUUAGCGUGCCACACUAUCCGGACACACAUGGUCCAACACAGAAAAUGUCGGCUACAGCCACAGCCAUGGAUUUCUUCCAGAUAUUCGUCCCUGAUAAUGCCAUCCAGAACAUGGUGACUCAAACCAACAUGUAUGCCAAGAAGUACCAGGAGCGUUUCGGAAGUGAAGAAGAAUGGACCAAUGUGACACCAGCUGAGAUGAAGGCUUUUCUGGGCUACGUGACUUCCACUGGAGUAAACCGCUGCGAGUCGGUGCUGAGUAUCUGGAGCAGUGGGUUCUUCAGUAAUCGCAGCAUCGCACAUAAGAUGAGCCAGGCACGCUUUGAGAAGAUCCUCAAGUACUUCCACAUCGUAGCCUUUCGCUCUAGCCACGGUGGCAGUCAGGGUCUCUAUAAGAUCCAGCCAUUUCUGGACUCACUGCAGCAGAGUUUUGGCUCAGCCUUCCGGCCCUCACAGACACAGGUCCUUCAUGAGCCCUUGAUUGAUGAAGACCCAGUGUUUAUAACCACAUGUACAGAGAGAGAGCUGCGGAAGAGGAAGAAGAGAAAGUUCAGCCUGUGGGUGCGACAGUGCAGCUCUACCGGUUUCAUCAGUCAGAUCUAUGUCCAUCUAAAGGAGGGUCCAGGUCCAGAUGGGUUGGACACACUGAAGAAUAAACCGCAGCUUCACAGUCUGGUGGCCAAGCAGCUCUGCCAGAAUCUGUCUGGUCGUAAUGCAAUCAUCUUCACUGGACCAAGUAUCACAAGUCUGAACUUGUUUCAGGAAUUUGAGAAACAAGGGAUCUACUGCUGUGGGUUGUUAAGCACCAGGAAGAGUGAUUGUACAGGUCUUCCUCAAUCUAUGCUGAUCAACACAGACACCCCACAGCAACGCGGCCAGUCUCGCAUUAAGAUGAGAGGCAAUAUGUCUAUAAUCAACUGGUACAACAAAGGCAACUUCAGGUUCCUCACUAAUGCCUACUCUCCUAACAAAGAAGGAGUGAUCAUAAAGAGGAAGAGUGGAGAAAUCCCUUGUCCUCUCGCUGUGGAGGCGUUCGCUGCACACCUGAGUUACAUCUGCAAAUAUGAUGACAAGUACAGCAAGUACUUUAUUUUCCACAAGCCUAAUAAGACGUGGCAGCAGGUGUUUUGGCUGACCAUCAGCAUUGCCAUCAACAAUGCUUAUAUUCUUUACAAGAUGUCAGACGCCUAUCACGUCAAACGCUACAGCCGGGCACAGUUUGGUGAAAGGCUGGUCAAGGAGCUGCUGGGUAUGGACGACUGCUCACCCACUCAGUGAACAAAAACACGCUCCCAUUCAUACUAACACGAGCAUAUUCACUUCACAUAUGCACUUCAGGGUCAUGUUAACUGAACAACCCUAUAUGUAAUAAUAAAAAAAUGUGCCAAGUCUGGUUGAAAAGGGAUGUUUCAAAUUUGCAUUUCAAACCCUGUUCUGUCACUUUUGCUGCAUGAGAAAUAUGAAAAACAUGCCGUUUAUAGAUGUGCAAUGAUUUUUAUCAAUCGAGUAAUAGUAGUAGUGUUGUUGUAGUUUUGAACCCUGAGGUACGUUUUGUGAUUUAUCUCUGUUUGUGCACACUGUAUCCAACAUUCAGCACUGAUAGAUAUAGUGUAUGUAUAUACUGUACUGUAUGUGGUGAAUGAAAAGUUUUAUCAGCAACAGAGAAUGUUCUUCAAGUCAAGAGUUAAUGUUUGAAGGGAGAUUUCCCAAAUAUCUGGGCAUUUUUCUAUUUUAUAUCACUUAAUAUUUAUGAUCUCUUACUUUUUUAACCAGGCUACUACAACAUUAGUGAUUUAAACACAGCUGUGGACGUUGUAUAAUAAAGCCAACAGAUACUAAUAACUAUGCUUUCUCAAUACUUUUUGCACUUGGAAGUAGGCUAAGACCUGGAUUCACUUCAGUUAUUUACAUAAAAGAAUUUGUACACAAUAUUUC